GAAAAGGAACUGACGAUGCACUUCCUCGGGAGAUAAACCACCGAGAAGCAGGAACGGCUUUUCAGAUUGAGGCUCUGGAAGCCAAAGAUUGCGGCUCCUCACUUUUUAGCUGCGGAAAUGUCUUUGCGGAUAUGAUACCCCUACAUCUCCCUGAUAUCACGAUAUACCGACCUUAUUCAUCACCCCAUUAUCCCAUCAUAUCUCCCCUCGCUGGCCUUUUGUGAAUUAUGUGAUGUGAUGCUCAAGUCGGUCCGACGUUAUCAGAGAUGGAUUCCUCUCUGCCUGAAGAGAUAAUCCAGCCAACAAAGGAAGAUACAAGCAUCACGUGUAGCCAUCUUAAACCUGGAUUCGGAGCGAGCCGAGCACGGAAUCACAAUCACGCGUCGAGACAUGGAAAUACCACGAAAAUGCUUCAGCGAAAGGUAGCGUGCGGAUCCGAAGAUAUAGACGUUGCAUUGCAUGGGCCGUCAUUCAAUUUGAUGAGCCAAGAACAGGCGAUGCAUUCUUGUCCGGAACUGGGAUGUCGAGAUGACCAUUCAUGGCGUUCUGCGCCAGGCUCGAGAAGUUCUCGAAAUAGCCCCUACCAACACAGUCCACUCUCUCAACCAGCAACACCAACAGGUAUCCUGCACCGGCUUGAGAAUCGAUUUCGACGAGCACAACCCUAGGAAUCUCCGUUUGGAUCGAGUCGAUCAAUAUCAUCAACUUCAUUAGUUGAAUCAACAGAAGGUUUAACAUCUCAAGCUGGCAGAGAACGUAGACGAAGGGCACGCGACUCUGAAGUCAAUCACGGUAACUCAUCAGCCGAAGAUUCGGUGCCGGUCAUCUCGGCUCCGGUGGCGGAGGGCGAAGAAGGGACUCGCCAGUUGGCGGCAGCGGGGAUAGUCUUGGGGACAUUGGACCUCGACCGGUUGAGUCUCAUGGCGAGAAGCGACGAGACCAAAGAGCAGACUGGAGAGGCAUAAUGCCAAUGUCACUGUAAUCUUCAGAAACGAGGCGUCAGGGGAGAUUUCCUAUCCGAGGCAGCUGGUCUGCAACUCUUGUCGAUCAUUGGAUGUGAGCAUAGAAUAUUGAAUCAUUGGGUACGUAGUAAGCUUUAGCUGUGCUUGACUGUAUCGGUAUUCAAUCAAAAGACACCGAUUCAUUUAUCGGCAAGAUCUUCUUGGACCCGAAACAACCCAAAUUGGGACAAUGAUUCUCAUGUUUCAAGUAUCGUUUACUCCAAUUGGCUGUAGUUUUCGCUGUCUUCCUCGGUUCCGGGGUCCAAAAGCUGGGGUUUUAGUGACAGUCACGGCUCCGGCUCGCGUCGGAUGACUUCAUCUAGUGGGCUUCAAUUGCCGGCGCCCUUUUGCCUGUCAACUCAAGCCUGAGAUGCUGUAUCUUUAACUACUCAGCUUCGCCUCGAGAUUUUGAUCAGAUUCAUAACACAUCUCCCCAUACAAAUCGCCUUCCUCACCAUGUUUCGCCCUAUCCUCAGACAAUGCGCUCGAAGAGCUGCUGUUCCUCUGCGACCAUGCGCCACAAGGACCUUUGCCUCGGCAUCAGGACCUACCUUCAACUGGGAGGAUCCUUUGGCUUCGAAUAACCUCCUGACUGAAGAGGAGCGUGCAAUUGGAGAGACUGCAGAGAGAUACUGCCAAGAGCAAUUGCUACCCCGCGUUCUACAGGCCUAUCGCGACGAGUCCUACGAUCCCAAGAUUCUCGAGGAGAUGGGCGAGCUUGGUCUAUUGGGCGCUACGAUUGAGGGAUAUGAUUGCGCUGGCGUGUCCUCUGUUGCUGGUGGUUUGAUCACACGAGCUGUGGAGAGGGUGGACAGCGGCUACCGAUCUGGAAUGUCCGUUCAGUCUUCAUUGGUGAUGGGCGGUAUCUUUGAGCAUGGUACUGCCGAGCAGAAGGAGAAGUUCCUCCCCCAGAUGGCCAAGGGUAAGCUCCUCGGUGCGUUUGGCUUGACAGAACCCAACCACGGCAGUGAUCCUGGAAGCAUGGAGACAGUGGCGAAGCCUCAUCCUACUAAGAAGGGUUACUACUCUCUAAGUGGUUCAAAGACAUGGAUCACAAACAGUCCUAUCGCAGAUGUCUUGUUGGUAUGGGCAAAGUUGCAAGACACCGGCAAGAUUCGAGGUUUCUUGGUGGAGCGCAAGGACUGCCCACCAGGUACUCUCGAGACACCAGCUAUCAAGGACAAGAACGGUCUUCGUGCCUCAAUCACUGGCAUGAUCCACCUUGACAAUUGUCCUGUGCCAGAUAUCAACAUGUUCUCCGACGUUGAAGGUCUACGAGGCCCCUUCAGCUGCCUGAACAACGCUCGAUACGGUAUUGCCUUGGGCGUCAUGGGGGCUCUCGAGGACUGCAUCGCCCGUGCCCGAACAUAUGCUCUCGAGCGCAAGCAAUUUAAGGGCAACCCCCUAGCCAAGUAUCAACUCGUUCAGAAGAAGCUCGCCGACGCGACAACAGAUGCCGCCUACGGCACACUCGCCGCCAUCCAGGUUGGCCGUCUCAAGGACGAGGGUAAGGCCACGCCCGAGAUGAUCAGCAUGGUGAAGCGACAGAACUGCGAUACCGCUCUCAAAAACGCACGAGUCCUCCAGGAGAUCUUUGGAGGCAACGCGGCGAGUGAUGAGUACAUGAUUGGCCGACAUGUGGCGAAUCUCUAUGUGACACAGACUUAUGAGGGCCAGAGUGAUAUUCACAGUCUUAUUCUGGGACGUGCUAUUACUGGUAUCCAGGCAUUCGUGUAAACGAGGAGUGAUUGGCCAGGAGGUGUGAUAUAAAAGAACCAUUGAGGUGCAUACCCGUGUUAUAGAUGCUUGGAAAUCAAACAUACGGUUUCCAGUGCAAGGCAUUUAGCCAAUCGUUUAAUCUGGUUUAGAUGGCCUUAAAACAGUAGCAUGACUUUGACGAAUAACAAAAGACAAUUCACCAGAAUAGCAUUUGUCAGGUGUGUUCUUGCUCAGAAGUCGUGAACUUCGAUGCUUGGUGUUUGAAACCCACUCAGUCUGGAUUGUUAUCAAAAUGAACCCUCACUAUGGCUC